AUGCUCUGUUUUUUUAGAUUGCUUCGUUCCUCUCUACCUUUUGAGCCCAUGGCGCUCACGACACUAGAUAGUCUGCAUUCUCGACUCAGAACUCUAAAGUCAAAAAGCGAAAUGGAAAGACCCACCGACGCUCAUCAAGCAGAGUCGCAGAAAGGGAACGACGUGACUCAUCCCCACUUGCACGACUCACCGCACUGGUUUCAGACUUCUUCACCCUUCUUUAUUUCUCCCAAGCACGAUGGGGUGCGUAUGAUCACCUUCCCGCCCCAGCUCUCCAGCACCUGCAGCAAGCGUUGUGAAAUUAAUGAGGCGAAAACUCGUAAAUCACGAUCAGGAUCCACAGAAAACCCGAACUUCACGGCGACGACCUGUUUUUCGCGAUACGGAAGGCCUAUUUACGGCAUGUUUUGGAUUGAAAAAGAACUAGCGUUGUUGCGAGCGCUUUGUGGUGAUCCGUUGUUGGUGUUGGACGGUGAAUUGUACAUUCAUCAAAACGUAUCCGAUGUGCGAAUAAAUAGUCAAACCGAGGAAUCGUCAUCACCAGCUGAGAACGAUCCGCCUAAAAAACGUUCACACCAAACCCAAAAGGGACGAAAAAAUGGAGUCCCCUCAAUUCCCCCGUGCGAGCCCCAAGAUGCAAAACGGACGCCAGGGAGGGAUGCCUUCAAGACGGGUUUUUUAGCGGUAUCCGCGCUCGUGCACCGGCUUCGCGGGUCGGGCAAGACAUGUCUUUUUCGCGGUGGAAUUAGCCCCAAACCAUCGAUUUCAGACGGCUUAAAAGAGGUACUUCAGUACGUCAGCACGCUGCCAAGAUACUGCCUCUUUGAUGUUGUUUCUUUCAGUCCAUGCCAGACCCUGGUAGGGGGGCCUGGGGAUGAAAAACACGCGCAAACUAUUGAGGAGGGGCGACAAAGGGAAAGUGCCGCGAAUCGGCAGAUUUUGAGCGAAUUGCGGCGCAUCCUCCAUCUCACGUUGGAGGCGCACAAGGUGGCGGAUGCGGAGAUGCUGCGAUGCAUUCCGAACGUCACCCCGUUCUCCCAGCGCGUGCGCACGCUCUACUUUUUGACGGAUUUGCUUUCCCGCGGGCUGAGCUCGCCCAUGCUUAUAGAAGCCUUUGACUUGGUGAAUGGUAUUGCGGAAGAGGAAAGCGCUAGCGGGGGGGGACUGGGGGUCAAAAAACGCACUCGGUAUGACAAUUCCAACAGUUGUGGAAGAAGGUCGUAUAUUCAAAUGAUUCCAUACCGCCUGGUUCGAUCCUUGGACGAGGCGGAGCACUCUUUAUUGCCUCGCUAUGUGGCGCAAGGCUACGAGGGCGCGGUGAUUCGAACACCGACAAAUUUGUACGAAUUUCACGAAAAGCGCAAGGGCGUGCUGAAGCACUUCAUUGAACCUUUACUCUUGGAAAAGUCUAGUAAUGGCAAGCGGGCAAGGCCGCGACGACGAGCUUCCGCGGUUAAUAUGAGUUCACCCCCAUCACGGCGGGCUGCAUCGGUCCAUCAGGAUAUCGUGAAUACACAGGCCAUGGUUCUGCUUCGCACGUACGCGGGGGAUGAGGUAAAUAACGGACACCGCCGCGCCUCCCGUCAUGGCGAGAUCGCGGAAAACGAAACCCACGAAAAUAAUGAAGCGGACGAACCAGCCGCCAGGAAUCCCGGUGAGGAGGAUAUUGAUGCUAGCUCGCAGCAGAUCGCGCGGCUCGCACUCGAGCGCUCGAAGAAUCUCUCACGACGCUGCGAGACGUGUGUGAAGCUCUUACCCUUUCGAGACAAGGAGUACGCGGUGUUGCGGCCCCUCUUAAAGUUCCCUUCAACAAACCCGCGUACACGGCCCUUAGUGGCAAUCCCAUUAAAGGAAAUUGAGUCCCUAGAGGGUCUUAAAGAAGUAACCAUUAAAAGGAAUUCAGGCAUAAAGGAAAAGGGUGCAUCUACACAUGAUCCUUGCAGCAACGAUGAGGGGGUAGUGGUAUUUUAUGGCCUUAAAUGUUUGGCAGAGAACGGCCGUGUGUUUAACGUGUCCAUCCCAAAGAUGUCAACGGAAAAGCAGCGCGCACUUCUUCAACAUCUCCUGGAAGCUUCUCGGAAGAGGCAAGGUAAAAAGACGCUUACAGGGAUGUACGUCACGGUGAAGUUCGCAUCGCUCACGGAACAUGGGAUUCCCCGCUUCGGCACAGUCAAGGCCAUCCGUGGUGGUAAAGGGUGGUUUCUAUGA